UGUGUGUAUGUGUGUGUGUGUGUGUGUGUGAAGGGGGUUAACCAGGCACCUGCGGAGCAGACACGCCACCCACCGUCUCUGCAGACAGACCCUUGCCACUCGACGGGUCUUUGCCAGGAAUGGACCUACAGGGGAAGCCUCUUUUUGAUGGCCCAUGGGUGAAAAGGAUGCCUUCCGCCCGGGGGCGGGGACGGGGCCGCAGCACCCGAAAGCUCCGCAACUGGGUGGUGGAGCAGGUGGAGAGCGGGAAGUUCCCAGGGGUGUGCUGGGAAGAUGCAGAGAAGACCAUGUUCCGGAUCCCCUGGAAGCAUGCGGGGAAGCAGGACUUCCGGGAAGACCAGGAUGCCGCCUUCUUCAAGGCCUGGGCGAUCUUCAAGGGAAAGCACAAGGAGGGAGAAACAGAAGGCCCCGCUAUCUGGAAGACCCGCCUACGCUGUGCCCUCAACAAGAGCCCCGAAUUUGAAGAGGUGCCUGGUCGGAACCAGCUGGAUGGGGCUGAGCCCUACAAGGUGUAUCGGCUGCUGCCACAAGGAACCGUCCCUGCCCCAUCAGGAACCCAGAAACCCCCCGUCAAGCGACGCCACAGUUCUGUGUUGCCGGACAGAGAGGACGAGCCGGGUGUCAUGAAGAGCUGCACCCUCGGUCUGCCCUCACUUCAGGAGCCCCUCAAAAAUCAGCUGGAGGCCAGCGGGAUAGCAGGUGGUUCCACUGCUAGCAGCAGCAGCAGCAGCAGCAGCCCCAGCAACUCUGAGCCGCAGGAAGGUGCAGACCCAGCUGAUGGCCUUCUGCAGGGGGAAGAGCCCUCCACAGACCUGCUGCUCUGUCUACCCUCAGAGCUUUGUGCAGGUGAGGAGGCUACCUGGACAUCGCGGAACUAUCUUCGGUCUGCAGAUUUCUCUCUGCUUCUCACCUUCAUCUACGCUGGCCAGGUGGUGGGGGAGGCCCAGGUGCAGAGCCUGGACUGCCGCCUGGUGGCAGAGCCCUCCAGCUCCCAUGGCGGCAUGGCACAGGUGUUGUUCCCCAAGGCAGACCCGCUGGAGCCCACCCAGAACCUGCUGAACCAACUCAAGCGUGGGGUCAUGGUGGCCAGCAAUUCCCAGGGCCUCUUCGUUCAGAGCCUGUGCCCCAUCCCCAUCUCCUGGAACUCGCCCCAGGCCCCAGCGGGGCCAGGCCCACAUCUGUUGCCCAGCAAUAAGUUCGUGGAGCUCUUCCUAACCGAGAAUUUCUGCAGAGACUUUGACAUGUAUCUCCUGGGCUUGGGUCCUGAACCCAAAUUCCAAGUGACCCUAGACUUCUGGGAGGAGAGUCCUGACACCAGCCACUCCCUGCAGAGUCUCAUCACGGUCCAGAUGGAGCAGGCCUACGCCCGACAUUUGCUGAAAAAGAUGGAGCUGAAGGAGCUUGUGGCCAUUGUCUCCUAGGCAAAGGACCUGAGGGGCCUCCUUCCUCUUCCCUGCCCGCCUUGUUUCUGUUGAAAGCGACUUGUCCAUGCUCUUGACCUUCCUCCUUGGAGAUUGUCUGUGAUGGUCAUAUCCUUAAACUCCCAGAUACCCCGGCUGGUGGGCUACUCAAAGAAGAGUAUUGCACCCUCUUUUUUUUUUCCUUGUUUUGGAGUUGUUAAUAAAUUCAAGAGGGGCUGGAGCAAUAGCACAGCGGGUAGGGCAUUUGCCUUGCACGUGGCCAACCUGGGUUUGAUUCCCAGCAUCCCAUAUGGUCCCCUGAGCACCACCAGGAAUAAUUCCUGAGUGCAUGAACCAGGAGUAACCCCUGUGCAUCGCCGGGUGUGAUCCAAAAAGCAAAAAAAUAAAUAAAUAAAUAAUAAUAAUAAUAAAAUAAAUUCCAGAAGUAAUAGGUCACAUUUUAAAAGUCAGAACACAGGCAUACUCCAGAGAGAGUAUCUAUUACCCUUUGUUUUAAUUCUUUUUUUGUGUUUGGGUCACACCCAGCAGUGCUCAGGGCUUACUCCUGGCUCUGAACUCAAGGAUCACUCCUGGAGAGGCUUCGGGGGACCUUGAAGGGGUGUCAGGGAUCAAACAGGUCAGCUGUAUGCAAGGCAACUGCCUUACUCUACUGUAUCUCUCCAACACCCUUGUACUUCGUUUAAAGAAAAAAAAUUUCUGAGGGACAUAUCAACAGUGUUUAGGGGCUGCUCCUAAUUCUGUGCUUGGGGGUUGCUCCCAGCAGUGCUAGGGGAAGCAUCUGGUAGUGAGGAACAAACUAGCCCUCCACCCCCCACCCCACUGAAUUAUCUCCCAGCCAGAAUUUUAUUCUUUAAAAAGUCUUUAAGGGGCUAGGGAUGCAACUCAGUAAAGUUGUUGCCUUGCAUGCAUGAGACAUGGGUGCAAUACUCAAAAAAGAGGGGAAAUUUUUUUUAAUAUAUAUAUAAAAUGUUGUUGAGAUAAUGCUUCCUUCCUUACAUGUCUGAGGAAUUGUGAGAGUUGAAAUGGUAUGGAAUUCAAGAGACUUUUCCUUUUUCUUUGAUAACCCUAACGGCAAGCACUUUAUGCCUUCUUUUUUCCCUGAGGAUUUCAAAUAAAAUUGUAUUGAGAAAGAAAUCAGCAUGUGGUUUUUGGGGAGGAGAGAUAGCAGGGGUGCCCCAGAGAUAAGACAAAAUAAACUUGACAGCUGAACCCUGGGUUUCUUCCUACUGACUCCCUCGGACACUCUCCUCACCUGCACCCUACAGGUUCUGGCCAGGAAGCCAGCUGGCUGGGAGGGAUAAAGGACCUAUCCCGCUAUCCCCUCUGCACCAGGGAGAGGGAAGGUAGGGAUCAGCUCCAAGCAUCACACUGGAGAAUCCAGCACCCGUAGUGCUUUGCUAGAGGGCUGUGGUUCAGGCCUUCCCAGCCAGCCUCGCUUGCACUCUGGGCUGGUGGUCUGAAAUGAGCUGGUGACCUGGAGACUGACCUGCAACUCUGGGCCUGAACAAGGGACAGAAUCAGGACAGCUGUGCCUUCCUUGGUGGGCAGACAGAACUCAUGCCCCCUGUAGGGCCAUCCUCAAUGGACUUCGUCACUGUGCUACAGCCCCAACAGAAGACAAUCUGACCAAGACCGCCUGGCAGCUGACCAAGCCAAGCCAACAAUGUCUGCUGAAGUUGGAAUUCUUCCAGUCGACUGACACUCUUUUCUCGCUGAAUUAAUUUUGCUAACAAACUGGAAGUUCUUUUGUUCUGUUUUGGGACCACAAACCUGACAAUGCUCAGGGCUUAUUUCCUGAUCCUGCACUCACGAAUCAUUCCUGGCAGUGUGAAAUUCUGAUUGUAACUUCAGAUGGAAAAUUCUGUGUGUGUGCAUGUGUGUGAUAUAUUAUCUCAUUAUCUCAUUCUUACUUUGGACAACCUGGCAGGCUACCGAAUAUAACCUGCCCACAUGGCAGAGUCUGGCAAACUCCCCGUGGUGUACCCAAUAUGCCAAAUACCAAUAAUAAUGAUAGGUCUUAUUCUCCUAACCCUGAAAGAGCCUUGAAUAUGGCACUUUUUAAAAUCUCAGGGCUAGGAUGAAGGAGAUGUUACUGGUGCCUGCUUGAGGCAAUCAAUGAACAACAGGAUGAUUAUGAUCGUGAUGUGUGUAUAUAUAUAUAUAUAUAUAUAGAGAGAGAGAGAGAGAGGAGAGAUUUUGGGUCAAACCCACACACAUGAAGCUUGUCUCCUAUUGCUGAACCUUGAGUACCUGCAAAUUUCCUCGACAAAUAUUACUGAGCUAAGUGCCAGGCACUAGUAGAAAAAAAAUGAGAUUCCUAAUCUCAAAAGCAAUAUGUGUUGAAGAAGAAAUUAAAAAGACAGUUCAGCUGCAGGAGUGAUCCCUGAGCUCAG